AUGGGAUCAAAUAAACAAACAACAUCUAGCACAUCACCAUCUUUCUAUAGCAAAAAGAAUAUAAAGACUAAUUCAUCAAAAAAAAUUCCAAUUACUCCCAAAGAUAUAAAUCAAAAUCAAACAACUCCAUUCAUUUAUGAAUUAAUUCAAACUGGUAAACCAAAUUGGUCAAAAGCUCCUCCUGAGUUAAAACAGAGAUAUAAAGGUAUCUUUUUGGUGUUGUUAGGUAUCCCAUUGAUGUUUAUACCUACUAUGAUAUUAAUGAAUAGAUUACAAGGUAAAAGUACAAAGAAGGUUCAAAUUGGUGAACAAGGUAAAGAUGGUAUAAGAAGAGAAUUUUCAGAACAGGAAAAAUGGACAACUGAAAAGAAUUCAAUAAUGUAUAAAUUAUUUGGUAAAGAUUUUUUUUUGGAUGGGUUUACAAGUAAAACAAUGAAAAAUGAUGAUAAAACAAAAUAA